ACCGAAAACUUGUCAGUUUUUUUCAUAUGAACACGAUGAGCUGUCCUUUCACCGCUGAGAUAUUAGAUAUGACUGAUUGAGUGAGUACACCGCUGAACCACUAGAGGAGGUGAAGCCCUGUGCUGGGGCUGCAGUGUGGGAGACACAGUGGGAGCGUAGAUCCGAACUGGGAGUGGUGGGAGGGUCCGGAGGAACCCGGCAGAGUCCGCGCUGUACUGUACGUUACCUACGUUACUAGUCUGACUGAGUGACCGGGCUGACACUCUCACAGCGGGACUGAGCCAAACAUCUCUACUGUCACUCUGGACGAGGAGAAGUCAGUCUGAGGAGAGAGACGACCACACCGUUUUUAAACUCGGCUGUUUCAAGGUGGUGGCCAGUGACGGGGUGCGGGCUAUGAUGGAGUCGGCCCUGACAGCCAGAGACCGGGUGGGCGUGCAGGACUUCGUCCUGCUGGAGAACUACACCAGCGAGGCCGCCUUCAUAGAGAACCUACGCAAACGCUUCAAAGAGAACCUCAUCUAUACAUACAUUGGUUCAGUGCUGGUGUCAGUCAACCCAUACAAAGACCUGGAGAUCUACACCAAGAACCACAUGGAGCGAUACCGUGGAGUCAACUUCUACGAGGUCUCACCACACAUCUACGCAGUGGCAGACAACUCGUACCGGUCCUUGAGGACAGAGAGGAAGGACCAGUGCAUCCUCAUCUCUGGGGAGAGCGGCGCUGGGAAGACGGAGGCAUCCAAGAAGAUCCUGCAGUACUACGCCGUCACCUGCCCAGCCAGCGAGCAGGUGCAGACCGUCAAGGACCGCCUGCUGCAGUCCAACCCUGUGCUGGAGGCCUUCGGCAAUGCCAAGACGUUGCGUAACGACAACUCGAGCCGCUUUGGCAAGUACAUGGACAUUCAGUUUGACUUCAAGGGCGCCCCAGUGGGAGGUCACAUCAUUAACUACCUGCUGGAGAAGUCCCGCGUGGUCCACCAGAACCACGGGGAGAGGAACUUCCACAUUUUCUAUCAGCUGAUCGAGGGAGGGGAGGAGGACCUGCUGAGGCGCCUGGGCCUGGAGAGGAACCCUCAGCAGUACCAGUACCUGGUCAAAGGUAACUGCCCCAAAGUGAGCUCCAUCAACGAUCGCAGUGAUUGGAAGGUGGUGAGGAAAGCCUUGACUGUGAUUGGCUUCAAUGAGGACGACGUGGAGGAGUUGUUGAACAUAAUCGCCAGCGUGCUCCACCUGGGGAAUGUGCAGUAUGGUGGGGAAGAAGGCAAUGCCUGCAUCACUUCUGACACACAGAUCAAGUACCUGGCCAGGUUGUUGGGAGUGAAUGGGGCAGUGCUGACAGAGGCACUCACACACAAGAAGAUAAUUGCCAAGGGAGAGGAGUUGAUGAGUCCACUGAACCUAGAGCAAGCAUCAUCAGCUCGGGAUGCUUUGUCCAAGGCGGUGUAUGGACGCACCUUCACCUGGCUGGUUAACAAGAUCAAUGCUUCGCUGGCAUAUACGGAUGACUCCUACAAGAAUUACUCUGUCAUUGGCCUGCUGGACAUCUAUGGUUUUGAGGUCUUCCAGAACAACAGCUUUGAGCAGUUCUGUAUCAACUACUGUAACGAGAAGCUGCAGCAGCUCUUCAUCGAGCUCACCCUCAAGUCAGAGCAGGAGGAGUACGAGUCCGAAGGCAUCACGUGGGAGCCGGUGCAGUACUUCAACAACAAGAUCAUUUGUGACCUGGUGGAGGAGAAGUUCAAAGGCAUCAUCUCUAUACUGGAUGAGGAGUGUUUGAGACCUGGAGACGCCAGUGAUUUAACCUUCCUAGAGAAGCUGGAGGACACUGUUGGAGGACACCCACACUUUGUCACUCACAAGCUGGCUGAUGCAAAGACCCGGAAAGUAAUGGGCCGCGAUGAAUUCAGACUGCUGCACUACGCUGGAGAGGUCAACUACAAUGUCAACGGAUUUUUGGACAAGAACAACGACCUGCUCUUCAGGAACUUAAAAGAGGUCAUGUGUAUGUCAGAGAACAAGAUCCUGACGCAGUGUUUUGACAGGGAGGAGCUGAGUGACAAGAAACGCCCUGACACCGCGGCCACCCAGUUCAAAGCCAGUCUGGCGAAACUCAUGGAGAUCCUGAUGUCGAAGGAGCCGUCGUACGUCCGCUGCAUCAAGCCCAAUGACUCCAAGCAAGCAGUUCGAUUUGACGAGGUGCUGAUCCGUCACCAGGUCAAGUAUCUGGGACUGAUGGAGAAUCUGAGGGUGAGGAGAGCUGGCUUUGCUUACAGACGGCGCUACGAGGUCUUCCUGCAGAGGUAUAAGUCCCUGUGUCCAGACACAUGGCCUAACUGGCAGGGGAAACUGCCCGAUGGAGUGGCCACACUGGUCAAACACCUGGGAUACAAGCCUGAGGAGUACAAACUGGGCAGAUCCAAAAUCUUCAUCCGUUUCCCAAAGACCUUGUUUGCCACAGAGGAUGCUCUAGAGACCAGGAAACACAGUCUUGCCACCAAGCUGCAGGCUGGAUGGAAAGGCUACAGCCAGAGGUCCAAAUACCAGAAACUCAGAACCUCAGCUAUUGCCAUCCAGGCGUGGUGGAGAGGGAUCCUGGCCAGAAGGAGGGCCCAGCGGAGACGACAGGCUGCUAAUACUAUCCGCAGGUUCAUCAAAGGCUUCAUCUACCGCCACAAGGAGCGCUGUCCAGAGAACGAGUAUUUCCUGGAUUACGUGCGCUACUCCUUCCUCAUGACGCUGUGCAGGAAUCUGCCCAAGAACGUCCUGGACAAGAGCUGGCCGACACCUCCAGCUGCCCUCACUGAGGCCUCAGAGCAUUUGCGUAAGCUGUGCAUGCAGAACAUGGUGUGGAGCUACUGCAAGAAGAUCAGUCCUGAGUGGAAGCACCAGAUGGAGCAGAAGAUGAUCGCCAGCGAGAUGUUCAAGGACAAGAAGGACAACUACCCACAGAGCGUGCCCAAACUGUUUGUCAGCACGAGACUCAAUGGGGAGGACAUUAACCCCAAAGUGCUGCAGGCCCUGGGCAGUGAGAAGAUGAAGUAUGCAGUGCCAGUCACCAAGUACGACAGGAAAGGCUACAAGGCUCGGCCCCGCCAGCUGCUGCUCACUGCUAACAGUGCCGUUAUCGUAGAGGAGGCCAAACUCAAGCAGCGCAUCGACUACGGAGCUCUGAAAGGCAUCUCAGUCAGCUCUCUCAGCGACGGCUUGUUCGUCCUGCACGUGCCCAGCGACGACAACAAACAGAAGGGAGAUGUCGUUCUGCAGAGCGACCAUGUGAUUGAGACCUUGACCAAGAUUGCGAUCUGUGCCGACAAGAUAAACAGCAUCAACAUCAACCAGGGCAGUAUAAAGUUUACAGUGGGUCAGGGGAAAGAGGGCAUCAUAGACUUCACACCUGGAUCAGAACUACUGGUGGCCAAGGCAAAGAACGGGCACUUGUCUGUGACGGCCCCCAGGCUGAACUCCAGAUGAUGGCCACUCUGACCACACACAUACACCCGGACCUGAGUUCUCCUGACCUCUCCCAUCCUUAAAUCACAUGACCGCAGACCCCGCUCUGCCUAAGCCAAUCAGACGCCAGCUGUCACUAUAUGGGUGGCAUGUGCUUCCAAUUAAAAAAAUAAAAUAAAAAUAAAAAUCCAGCAAAACUAAUUGAUAUAUUUAUGUUUAUAUAUUAUAUUUUUGGGAUUAAUACUGUUGCUGUUUGAAUAUUGUGAUUUUAUAUAUGAGGCCAAGGAAUAACAAAUGUUUUGGUGCAUUUUUCUUGCACCAUGCGUGUUUAUUGUGCUUUAUUUGGGAACAUGACCAAGAAACCAAUGAGGGAAGAGUCAGAAUAAGAGACAACAAUGAGAAGAGGGGGAUUGUUGUUGAUGGAAAUUAGGGUUAGUUGUUGCCUGUUGCCUCUUUUUGUCCUGUUUACUCUUUCUGCUCGACUUACUGGCUUUAGCGCCUCGCUGGCACUACUUUUCAAACUGGGGUGGAUGAGUUGUUAUUGAAGCGUGAAGGUGUGUAGAACAAGGCUGACAGUAUGUAGGGUAGCUGUUGAGAGGCGAUGGAAGAAUGACCUUUCAGUCAAAUGGAGAUGCUUUGGCACAAAAAGGAUGAUGGUGUCAGUCUGUGGCUCACUACAUCAGAAUAAAUAGCUGAAUGUCAAACUGAAUACGUUUCAAAAGUCUAUUUGUGGUGUUAGAAUAAGCAGGAAGUGUGUCGUGAGGGAUUCAGUACAUUAAAUUAACAGCAUACUGUGUAAAUGCAGUGAAAAGGGACAAAGUACGUGAGAAGUGGGUGAGAAAAGGCAAGAGAAAGGGGAAAGAAAGAUGACAGAAGGCAGCAGUCGUUUGCCAUGACCCCAGGUGCUCGUGCCUUUCUCCUUGACUAAUUUAUUCAUGACGAGUGAGUUGAGCUGGAUGUCGAUGUAUGAAAACCAUGACACUCAACGCGAGAAUGAGUCGAGUUGCGUGUAGAUAGAAGAGAAAGACGUCGCCCUCUGACUGAAUGUCGUUCCAGCAGCAGCUGUGGCUCUGCUGAAGGCCCCAGCGUCUCUCUCCAUAGUGCUGUCCUCCAGCCUCCCACCUCACCUGCCAGCCGGGGCUCCUGUCCCUCUAUGACUGAACUGGUCUGACGGCUACACCUGACCAGGGUUUGAGCAAGUUUCUGUCACAGUUCUUCGUCUUACAAGCGGCAUUUAAAAUGUGAGAUUAAACUCACAGUUUGAAGCCAUAUCGUUGUUGUUUUGGUGUACUUGAAAUCUGAGUUUAACGAAAAGGCACGUGAAGUCCAAAAGCAGUGGUUUUAGAUCAACGCUACUCAUAGCUGUGUGUUGUCUACAUGUUUGAUAUGUUUAAAAGUGACGUUUGUAAAGGAAUAGUUUGGCAUUUUGGGAAAUGCAUGUAGUUAGAUGUGAAGAUUAAUGGCACUCUCGUGUCUGUGUGCUGAAUAUGAAGCUACAGCCAGGACACGGCUAGCUCAGUUCAACCAAAUUAACCAAAAUAAAAUGAGUUAAUUGGUGUGUCUUAGAGGUGCUGGAAGGCAGAUUUUGCUACCUUUGAACCAGGCCAGCUGUUUUCCAGUCUUUAUGCUAAACUGAGAUAACGUCUCCUGGCUGCAGCUUCAUACUGAAUGCACAGAAAUGAAAGUUGUCUUGAUCCUCUCAUCUAAUUUUCAACAAAAAAAGCAAAUGAGUGAAUUCCCCAACAUGUCAAGCUCUUCCUUUAGUGCCAGAAAUCUAAUGUUCUUUCCAGAAUUCUGCCCCUUUAGGGUAGAAAAACGUCUGAAAUAGCAUCUAAAUUGUCACGUGACACUAAAAGUCUUCAUUAAAACUCACGACAACAGUAGAUAAAUAGUUCUUUCCUGUAGAAAUACCACACCUCUUCAGGUUAAGAGCCUCCAUUAGACCAGUUCUACAAUAAACACCUCUCUGUUUAAACCCUCACUCUGACCAAAGACUGAUGCUGAAAAAGUUGUGGUAUGGAAAACCUGUGAGAGGAGCAUCCAAAAAGUUUCCUGAGAUUUCUUCUCUUUUUUCCAAACCUCGCCCGGUGACAGAGCUGCUUCUCUUCGUGGCUCUGGGUGGCGAGGCGGGUGCAAUAAGCCAAGGCAGAGCUGUGCGACUGCACUUAAAUAUACUAGCCAAAGACCCUUUUGAUUUCUCGUGAUUCUGUGUUGUAUGAUUUCUAUGAUGUUAUUUUGUUCUGAAUGUUUUGUUGUUUUUUUUCAGGAUGGAGAUCUAAAUGUACAGUUUGUGUUGUGUGUUAUAAAUGAGAGAUUCAAGCCAAGUGAGGUUUGAUGUGAAACAGUUUGGGAGAAAAAGCUUGUAGUAUUGUUUGUUAACGCGAACUUGUUCAUGUGCCUUGUUGGAUAGCAAUGCAACAGAUUUGUGUGGAGUUAGAGAAAUACCUCCUCGACAGAGUCCAGUCUUUGGCUGACGACGGUGGUCAGCCCAUUUCUAAACAUUUCCCAGCAGCACCUAAAGGUCUCCUCCCUCUGUGUGUGUAAACUUUAUUCAAAUCCUAAGUCUAUCUAUUGAUCUACAGAUGCACUCCUGUUAUCAGUCCUGACUUACUGUAUGCACCUCACCAAUGUAUAAUUAAGCCUACACACUAAAAGAUAAGAUACUAAAGAUUUGAGGAAUAAAUUUGAAAAGUAAAUGCAAA